AUGCCGCUGCGCGCCGAGUCUCGCUCCGCGCACGUGUCCGACGGCGCAUCCGUCCACGUCACCAGCCCGCACCGCGCCAUGCUCUCCUUCCUCUCCGGAUCUACCGCCGUCGCAACCGCCACAGGCCGCAGCGCAGGCCGCAGCCGGCAGAAGAAACUAGGUAUAGGCGUGACAGGCGGCGUAAAUUGCGGAGAGGAAGGAUUGGAACUCGUUCCCCCCCAUGGCAGCAGCGCCGGUGCUGGUAACCCGAUUUCCCACUCCUCCUGGCACUUAGCUAGAAGGGAUCCUGGCCUAGGAGCUGGUUUAAUUGCCAGUGGCGGCAGCGGGUUUAGCCUAAGCGGCGGGAGUAGUUUCCACAGGAAUGUUGGGUUAGGGGUAGCCGGAGGGGGAGGGGGAGGAGGGGGAGGAGGAGGAGGCGGAGGAGGUGGGGGAGGAAUUGGGGACGGGAGAGGCGGUGGUGGUAGCAGCAGCAGUGCGUGGCCGAUUGGGUGCCCUCUGCCUCUCACGACUGACCUGCCUAACAAGACUCGUCUAGUGGACUCCCCGCAGCCGUUUCAGCUGCGAAUCAAGCUGCUCGUCUCAUCCCGCAACGACCUCGCUUCAGUGUCUCGCACUCUCUCAUCACUUGCAGCUGUUGACUAUGAUGGAGAUAUUGUUCGCCUGCAUGUAUUUGUGGACCACUUUCUCUAUAAUGCGUAUGGAGGAGAAAGAGGAGGGGAAGGGGGGCGGGAAGAUGGAGGGGGAAGGCAAAGACGAGAUGAUGGGGAUGGGGAUGCUGAUGCUGAUGCUGAUGCUGAUGGUGAUGGUGAUGGUGAGGGUGAUAAUGAUGCUACUGACAGAAGGAGCAGGCGUGGUGUUGUAGGCAAGGCGGAGAGACGUGCUCGGGAGUUGAGAAUGCGAGAGGGAGAAUCAGAGGAAAAAACGGAGGCAGGCAGUAAAGGCGACUCCAUCAGUGGCAGCAGCAGCAGGAGCAGCACCAUUGCUGCCAGCGCUGCCAGUGCUGCCGGCAGUACCGGCAGUGGUGGUGACGGUAGUCGUGACGGUGCUGGUGGCAGUGGGGAGGAGAGUGCUGCUGCAGAGGUGGCAGUGCGGUUGGCGAGAGCAAGGGCAGUGUUGGAGUAUGUGGAUGCCUUCCCAUGGCCGCAUGGGCCCAAGGACGUGCACUACAGGUCAGUGAGUGCAGGAGCGCAGGCGCAGUGGGUGGAGGCGUGGUGGCCGGCGUCUGACCACGAGUUUGCUCUGCUGCUCACCGACCGUGCGUUAGUGUCACGGCACGUGUAUCGAUACCUGAGAGCGCUCGUGACUGCCGUGUAUUUCCACCCGGAUACUUCGGACCCUGCUGUGCUCGGCAUGGCCCUCUCCCGCCCCGCCACCGUUGCCGGCAAGAGAGGCAACCAGGCGCUACUCACCAACACCACGGGCCUCUUCCUCUACCGUGCCACCGACCCCCUCGCUCAACUCCUCUUCCCGCGGCCCUGGAAGGCCUUUCGCCGCUGGUACGACCAGCAGCGCUCCACAGGCGGGUCAGCAGCAGUGGAAGGCCUGGUUGCUGCGGCCGAUGCGCCGUGGCAACGACGGCAGCAGUGGCGGUGGGAGCAGCAGGGGCAGCAGGGGCAGCGGGGCCAGCAGGGGCAGCGGUGGGAGUGGUGGCGUGGGGGAGAGGACGUGGUGUGGACGCCAUGGGAGUGGGUGAUGCGGUUUAUGCACGCAGGGGCCUAUGUCAACCUGUUUCGCGUGUUUCCCAGGGGAGGCACGCUGGCUGUUUCGCACGAGGACAUGGAUUCGCCAUACACAGGAACAGCAGGCAUGGUAUCAGAGCUGGUGAGCGAUGAGGCAAUGGCGCAGGGAGGAGGAGGAGGAGGAGGAGGAGGAGGAGGAGGCGGAGAAGGAGGUGGUGGGGGAGGGGGCGGAGGAGGGGAAGAAGUAACAGCAGCGGCAGCCACGGAUGACACAUGGUCCUUCCCACCGCUCCGGAAGCUGCGUCGCUUCGACCCCUGCUUCCAGGAGUUCUCCUCCUCUCGCCUUGCUCGCAGCCCAGAGGACAUAGCUCCUCUGCUGGCCUCAGUUCACCGCCGCUCCACCAUCGUCCUCGUCAACGCGCUCCACGCCUCCACACCAUCUCCCACCACAUUCCACUCCUCGCCUUCCUCAACUGUUUCCAGUUCUUCGGUCCCUUCGGUCACUCCACCCGCUUCGCUCGAUUCCUCCGCUUCCCCCGCUUCUCCUGCCUCUCCCGCACUCUCUUCCUCUUCCUCCGAAGCUUCGUCUCAUCCUUCGCUUGAUCCCUCAUCUGCAGUAUCAUUAUCACCUGCUUCCUCAUCUACCUCAUCAUCAGCGCUAGACUCCCCUGGUCUCGACCCGUUACUGGCGAACUGGCUGUGCCGUGCGGCACGCCUGCAAGUGUCCAACUACGUGGUGUUGCUGGAUGAUGGGCCGCUGGGUGUGCACCUCACCCGACAAGGCCAUGCCGUCAUGCAGCUGCAGCAAAUCCAGGAGGCAGCGGAUGAGAGAGAGUCAGCAGUCAUGCUAGAGGGCAGGGGGCGAGCCCCUUCACGCAAGGUGGUGGGUCGGAGUUCCCGCGUCGUCCCGUCGCAAGUGUCUCGCAAAGCCGAGGAGAAGGGUCAGGCAGGGUUGGAUGAGGAAGGGGACAGGCCUGUUCGGCUAACUUCUACCGGAGGACCUGCUGUCGGUGUUUCCGGGAUUGAAGCAGAACGCUCGUCUGUUGCUGCUGCUGCUGCGUUUGCUGCUGGUGCGGAUUUGUCUGGUGUUCCUUCAUUGGGCGAGGGUGUUGGUACGGCACGGGGGGAAGUAGCAGGUGCCGAUCUGAUUGCGGCUUCUGCUGCUGCUGCUGCUGAUGGUGGUGAUGGUGGUGAUGGUGAUGGUAAUGCUAAUGGUGAUGGUGAUGGUAGUACAGUUGGAAAAGGGGAAGAAAAUGGGGACGGAUUGACAGGGGAGGAGGAUGGGGACGAGUUGGCAGUGUGGGAGGCGGCGGGUCGGGCAUUGGAGAGGCAGAAGCUGUGGCUAGAUGGCGUGCAUUCCGCCAUACAGCUAGGGUAUCACGUUGUGCUUGCUGAUCCUCGCUCCGUGUGGUUAUCUGACGUCUCUGCUGCUCUCGCCGAUGCUGCUGUUGGCGCUGCUGCUACUGCUGCUGGUGCUGGUGGUGGUGGUGCUGGUGGUGGUGGUGCUGCUGGUGGUGUGGGGGCGAAGGGUGAAGAGGCGGGUGUUGUGGGAGUGGUGGUUGUAGGAGGGGCAGAGGACAGAGGAGCGGAAACAGGAGUAGGAGAUGGGACUGAAGGAGGAGCAGGUGGGGAUGCGGUAUCCGGACCUGCAGGCAAAAAAACGGUGGUUGAUGUGGAGAAAGGUGAAACGAGGCUGAAGGGAGUAAAGGGGGUUAAGGGAGAGACGGGGGUGGAGGGACCAGAGGGAAUGGAGGAGGUAAGUGAAAGAGGGGUGAUAGAGGUGAGGAACGCAGGCGGUGUGGGAGGCAGGAAGGGGCUGGAUGCAGUUCAUGCUGCUGAUACCCCUGGGUCUGUGGCUUCUCCUGGAAAUGCGACAGCUGCUGCUGUGAACGAUGCAGUGGGAGAGGAGGGAGGAGGGGGUGACAGCUCCUUGCACCCACCACUCUCGUCACAGAAACAGGAAAGCUCCAGAGUUGAAAGUGCAGCAAGAGAACAGACCAACCCCGCCACCACCACCACCACCACCACGAUAGUUGGAGGGAGAGCAGGUGCAAUAACACAGGAUCUGGUGGCGAAGAGGUGGGGUGUGGGAUGGGAUAGGCUGGGCCGGUCAAUGCUCCAAGCAGCCAAGGCCACUGGUGUUGUUGUCAGGAGCUUUCACCCAGACGCUGUUGUUGCACUGUCGCGGUACCAAAUGCUGCUUCUGGAACAGCAGCAGCAGCAGCAGCAGCAGCAGCAGCAGCAGCAGCAGCAGCAGCAGCAGCAGCAGCAGCAGCAGCAGCAGCAGCAGCAGCAGCAGCAGCAGCAGCAGCAGCAGCAGCAGCAGCAGCAGCAGCAGCAGCAGCAGCAGCAGCAGCAGCAGCAGCAGCAGCAGCAGCAGCAGCAGAAGGAGCAGCCCUCGCAUUUGAAUAAAGAGGAGGAUGGCUUGAGCUGA